AUGUCGCACCACGGCUCCGUGCGCACGGCCCUGCUGUGGCUGAUCUCCAUGAUCUGCUUCACACAUGUCGCGUUGUUCGCUCGGGGCCAAGCUCCAGACACUCUCGGUUUCAUCAGCAUCGACUGCGGCAGCCCUCCGAGCGCCGCCUACGUCGACGCGAUCACCGGCCUACCGUACGUCUCGGACGCCGAUUUCAUCGAUACCGGCGUCAGCCACAACGUCUCCGCCGAGUACGUCGACGCGAGUCUGCCGCGGCCGCACUACGACCUCCGGAGCUUCCCCACGGGCGCCCGGAACUGCUACACCGUGAGGCCCCUGACGCCGGGCACCAAGUACCUGGUCCGCGCCACGUUCCUUCACGGGAACUACGACGGGCUCGGCGAUGGCGGCCUCGCCGUGUUCGACCUCUACCUCGGCGUCAACCUCUGGCGGACGGUGAACAUCUCCAGCGUCUCCAGCACCUUCCGGGCUGAGAUCAUCAGCGUCGUGCCGGACGACUACGUCCACGUCUGCCUCGUCGGCAAGAAGGGGCUCGGCACGCCGUUCAUCUCCGGCCUUGAGCUGCGCCCGCUCGCGGACGAGCUCUACCCCAUCGUGGCGAACGCUUCCAUGUCCAUGGACGUCCAUGGCCGGCACAACCUGGGACCCGAGGACGAGUCGCUGAUCAUAAGGUACCCAGAUGAUCCCCACGACCGCAUCUGGAAGGUGCUGGCAAACCCGCGCUCAUGGAUCCCGACGAACACGACGGCCGCCGUUCUCAACGUCGCCCAGGACCAGUUCUUGGUGCCGUCGGCGGUGAUGCAGACGGCCGCCACGGUGGACGACGGCUUCAGCUUGCAGUUCUACUGGGACGCCGACGACUCGAACAAGGCGUUCGUCUACUACGUGGCACUCCACUUCGCCGAGGUCAGGGCGCUCAACAGCAGCGAGGCGAGGAUCUGCGAGAUCUACCUCAACAACGACCUGUGGUACAGCAAGCCCAUCUCGCCGGUGUACCUCUACUCGGGCGCCGUCUUUGGGACGGUGACAGGGAAAACGCAGUACAACUACAGGAUAGAACCCACCAACAACUCUACGCUGCCGCCCAUAAUGAACGCGCUCGAGAUCUUUCUCAUGGUGCCCACUGCAGAGCGUGCGACUGAUGGAGGAGAUGUGAGUGCCAUCAUGGCCAUCAAGGCCAAGUAUGAGAUCAAUAAGAACUGGAUGGGCGAUCCGUGCGGUCCCAAGAUAUACUUGUGGGAGGGUGUGAGUUGCAACUAUGCAAUCUCUAGCCCACCAAGGAUCAUCUCUCUAAACUUAUCCUCCACUGAAUUGACGGGAGAAAUAACAAGUGCUUUCAGAAAUCUCACUGCUCUCCAGACCUUGGAUUUAUCUCUCAAUAAUUUGACGGGCAAUAUUCCUGAAUUUCUAGCACUACUACCUUCGCUUUCUGUCCUAGACUUAACUGGCAACAAGUUUAAUGGAUCUGUUCCAGAAAGUCUUCUUAAAAGAUCGCAAGAAGGAUCAUUGAAAUUAAGAAUUGAAGCUAAUACAAGCAGCAUCGAUAAUGGCCCCUCCAAGUCGGAUAGCCAGCCACGAGGAACAAAACGUAACAAUACUGCCGUGAUUGUCCCUGUGGUUGUCGUCGUGGUUGUGGUACUGCUGGUGGUGGCCGUAAUUGUUACAGUGUUAUUUUGCCGGAGAAGAACUGAAAAUGAUCCUUCUGUCAGACCGCUCAAUGGAAGCCACUCAAAACAAGAAAAUGAAGAUGCUGUCUCUUUGCAAUUUGAUAACCGUCAGUUUACUUACAAGGAGCUAAAGACAAUCACAAAUAGCUUCGAGAAGUCAAUUGGCAAAGGUGGGUUUGGAGUAGUCUACCUCGGCUACUUGGAAGAUGGAACCCCAGUUGCCGUCAAAACGCGUACAGAAUCAUCAUCGCAAUCGCAUAAUGAGUUCUUAGGAGAGGCCCUACAUUUGAUAAGAGUUCAUCACAGGAAUUUGGUCAAUCUGGUUGGCCACUGCAAGGAUGGACAGCACUCGGCGCUUAUCUACGAGUACAUGUCCGAAGGGACUUUACAAGAAAAGCUAAGAGAAAAAUCCCCUGACUUUGUGCCCCUAUCAUGGCGUCAACGGUUAAGGAUUUCGCUCGAUUCUGCUCAAGGGCUGGAAUACCUGCACAAGGCAUGCAAGCCUCCCCUGAUUCACAGGGAUGUGAAGACCGCCAACAUACUCCUGAACGGUAGCAACCUAGAGGCCAAGAUAGCCGAUUUUGGCCUGUCCAAGGCUUUCAACAACGACCUCCAGUCCCAUGUCUCCACGCGUGUAGUGGGCACCCCAGGAUAUCUCGACCCCGAGUACUACACUUCGUUCCAGCUGAGCGAGAAGAGUGACGUGUACAGCUUCGGGAUAGUGCUCCUGGAGGUUGUCACGGGCCAGCCCCCAAUCCUCCCGGAGAGCGUCCACAUCGUCCAGUGGGCGCGGCAGAGGCUCGCUAAGGGCGACAUCGAGAGCGUCGUCGACGGCAACAUGCAAGGGCGGUACGAUCUGAACUCAGUCUGGAAAGUGGCGGAUCUCGCGCUGAGGUGCACGGAGCAGACGUCCAGCCAGAGGCCGGCGAUGGCCGACGUCGUCGUCCAGCUCAAGGAGAGCUUGGAGCUGGAACAGGGCUGCGUGAAGGUGCAAAGCUCGUAUGCCGGAAGUGGCGACGUGUACGCGGAAAGCGGUGAUGCUCGAAGCCAGAGUAUGCACAGUGGGAUGGCGCUAGAUUUAGUAGGUCCUGCAGCUAGAUAG